AUGGCAACGGCAUAUACUGUCGCCUCGACGGCAUCAUCGACUACAUACGGAUGGGAGUCCAACUCCACGCUCUCUCCCCAAUAUAACGGAUUCUACUCUCCAUCGCCGGAACAACAGCAGGAGCGGCAGACCGACCAGGAGACCGUGAGCGCAUUUUGGAAGUUCCUCGCGGCUUGUUCAUCGUACAUGGUGCUUGCGGGCUUCCUAGUAAUGCCCCUGGCAUUUGGCAAUGAAGAAAAACAAUCGCAUGUCGACAAAACGUCCACAAUAAUUGCCGCCUCGGUCUUGAUUGCGAUCGGAUACGUGACAUCCCUCAUGUUGGUCUGCUUCCAAGGACAUGAGCGGGCAUACUUGCUACACUCGCUAUUUUUACCAUGCAUCGCAUCCAAUCUCCUCGCCCUACUAAACGUCCUGCUCAACGUCCUCUACCGCAACUUGCACCCCCUGGGCACCCUGGAGAUCGUCAGUCUGAGUCUUCCGAGCGCAUUCGCAUUCCUUUCAACCAUGGGAACCUUGUGGAGCUAUGUUGGAGACAAUUAUGUGGUGACCCGAACGGGGAAGCAUCAGAGUCCGUUGACCGAGGAGGAAAUGCAGCGGCAACAGCUGCAGCGACUUUUAGAUCAUAGUUCCAAGGGGCCCAGUCCGAGAGUCAUCCAGAAGACAUUCCGGGUCAGUGCUCCUGAGCACAUUAACCCAGGCAAAGGCUGGGAUACAUUUACCCCUGCGCGUCGAGAUGAAGGAUAUUCUAACCGAUGGACGCCUGCCUAA